UUUUCAAUUCAUCCCUCUGACACUAACCAUGAGCAUUCUGGGUAAAUUAAAUACCCAUGUGCUUCCUUUUUACUCUCAGAGCCAUUGCUGUUAUAAAAAGGCAAUAUGCAGAACGACCAAGGAGAUUUUGUUGAUAUGUACAUCCCAAGAAAAUGCUCUGCGAGCAACAGAAUUAUUGCAGCAAAAGACCAUGCAUCAAUUCAGAUAAAUAUUGCUGACGUGGAUCCCAGCACUGGCCGUAUGACUGGAUCUAACACAACUUAUGCCAUCUGUGGAAACAUCAGAAGAAUGGGAGAAUCUGAUGAUUCCUUGAACAGAUUAGGGAAAAGAGACAACCUCAUUGCACAGAACUUCUGAUGAGGAUGUGAUGCUUGGUGUUGUUGAUUUUGAUCAAUAAAGACAUCUACACAAGUA